AUGAAGGCCAUUGAAGGAUUUGGGGUGGCUAAGGUUCUGGAUUCAGACAACCCGAACUUCAGUGUUGGUGACUACGUUGCAGGAUUCACUGGCUGGGAGGAGUAUAGUUUAAUCACAAGAACUGAAAGUCUUAGGAAAGUCGAGAAGAAUGAUAUCUCUCUUUCUUUUCAUGUUGGCCUUCUUGGUAUGCCUGGUUUUACGGCUUAUGCUGGAUUCUACGAGGUUUGUGCACCGAAGAAGGGAGAUGCUGUGUUUGUUUCCGCAGCAUCUGGAGCUGUAGGCCAACUUGUCGGCCAGCUCGCAAAGCUUCAUGGCUGCUAUGUUGUCGGAAGUGCUGGCUCAAAGCAGAAGGUUCAACUUCUGAAGGACAAACUUGGAUUCAACGAAGCUUUCAAUUACAAAGAGGAAACUGACUUGACUGCUACCCUGCAAAGAUACUUCCCCAAUGGCAUUGACAUCUACUUCGACAAUGUUGGAGGCGCAAUGCUUGAUGCCGCACUUUUGAACAUGAAGGUGCAUGGAAGAGUGGCAGUAUGCGGAAUGGUAUCACAACAUUCAUUCACUGACAGUGAAGGGAUCCAUAACAUGUUUGCAGUGGUGCGCAAGCGUAUCAGAAUCGAAGGCUUUCUUCAAAGCGAUUACUUGCACUUGUUCCCGAAGUUUGUCGAAACUGUUUCUAAUUAUUACAGAGAAGGAAAGAUCAUUUACUUGGAAGACAUUGCUGAAGGCCUUGAGAAAGCAUCUUCAGCAUUCGUUGGCUUGUUUUCUGGAAAGAAUGUUGGUAAACAAGUUGUGUGUGUUGCAAAGGAGUGAUUUGUUUCUCUUUUCUGAUUACCACCAAUAUUGGUAAAGUGUUUCUAAUUAUUUUGUUGGUUUGAUUUGAAAAGGAAUGUUUUUGUUUUUCUUGAAUGUGAUACGUGUUGUAAUGCAUUUCUAUUGUUAUAAUAUUAUACAAAGCAGGGCUUAUCUUCUGUUUCGUCUGCUUUUUUUUUUUU